CGAUGUUUUUAGUUCAAAGAGUCUUGCCCUUCAAGCCCAGAAGAAGAUUCUGAGCAAAAUAGCCAGCAAAACCGUGGCCAACAUGUUGAUUGACGACACCAGCAGUGAGAUCUUUGAUGAGCUCUAUAAAGUCACCAAAGAGCACACUCACAACAAGAAGGAAGCCCACAAGAUCAUGAAAGACUUAAUCAAAGUGGCAAUCAAAAUUGGGAUCCUCUACCGGAACAACAAGUUCAGCCAAGAGGAGGUUGUUAUCGUGGAGAAGUUCCGGAAGAAGCUGAACCAGACCGCCAUGACCAUCGUCAGCUUCUAUGAGGUGGAAUACACCUUUGAUAAGAAUGUGCUGUCCAAGCUCCUGCACGAGUGCAAGGACCUGGUGCAUGAACUGGUGCAGCGACACUUGACGCCCAGGACCCACGGGCGCAUCAACCACGUCUUCAACCACUUUGCCAAUGUGGAAUUUCUCUCCACCCUCUAUAGUCUGGAUGGAGACUGUAGGCCUAACCUCAAGAGGAUCUGUGAAGGAAUCAAUAAACUGCUAGAUGAGAAAGUCCUUUGAAUGCCUUCCCUCCUCCUGGACUUGGCUGCUUUAAAGUUAUAGCACCCAACACGGUCCGGGUGAGAAUCAAGAAAACAAGCAGAAACCCUUGUCAAAGAUGUCCAUGUUCUGUUCUGUUCAUCCUUCUGAUGCUGAUUCUAAACUGAGUGCGGGUGUGUUUAUCCCCUGAGCGUUAUCUGAUGAGGUCUGCACCUAAAGUCACCUUCAAGCCUAAAGGACAUUUCAUCUAUUCUAUUCAUCUUGUGGAGUGGAAGGAGCCCUGGACCAGGAGCCAGAGGACAUAGAUUCGGUUCCCAGCUCCACCAGUGACAACUCUGUCCUCUCUAUCCUGCAAUCACAUGAUGCCUGCCUGCCUACUUCACAGCACUGUUGUGAGGAUUGAAUGAGAUGAUGUAUGUUCAUGCUUUUGAAAAUAUUAAUGUAAGGUCUUAAUAUUUUCUGUUC